UGAGUCUACACAUCAAGUGAAGAGGAGGAGCUGAUGAUAUUAAAUAGGGAAAGCUGACAGCAACAUAAAAAAUGGCUGAUAUGUGUCACAUGUGUCUGACGGGACUGAUCAUUCUCUGCUCACUUCUCACAGGUACCAGUGGAGCAGAAGUGACUCACAUAUUCCACACUUCUGGUGAAAAUGUCCAUCUGCCCUGUAACAAUGCUCUUUCUGACUGCACAUCAGUUACAUGGAACUAUGACAGGCUAAUGCAUUUAGAGACCAUUGAACUGUUUGUCCAGGGGAAAAAGAAGAAUAACAGGGAGAAAUAUGACAGACUGAGUCUGGGCUCUGACUGCUCUCUGAACAUCAACAAAGUCACAAGAGUAGAUUAUGGAAUUUACAUCUGUCAACAGUAUGGACAACAACAAGGAUAUGAAAGACAUGUUUAUCUGCAUGUUCUUCAUGUCUCUCCAUUAACCUCACAGACUGAGAUCAGACCAGGCAGCUCUGUGACUCUCUCUUGUCAGUUGUACUCGUAUGAUCGAUUCCCUUGUUAUUAUUUGGUCAGUACUGAGGGAAUUCAGCUGAUCUGGGUGAAUCAGACUGGUGUGAAUCUGCAGACAGACUCCAGAUAUCAGAUAUCAUUCUCCUCAACACACUGUAACAGCACUCUGACUACAACACUCCUGAAUGAAGAUCACAACAGAGAGUGGAGAUGUCAGGUUACUCAGAGAAAUAAAGUGAAGACCUCAGCCACAUAUACUGUCAACUAUCCAACUCAAGUCGAGACAAAGACAAUGACUUCAGUCACCAGCCCAAACUCAAAGACAACCAUAACUGUAAAGACACCAGCAGCAGUGCGGUUGUCCUGUCCUCUUAGCAGAAAAACACCCCCAAAGCAUAAUGUUUCCACCGCCAUGUUUGAUGUUGGGGAUGGUGUUCUUGGGUUCAUAGGCAGCAUUCCUCCUCCUCCAAACACGGCGAGUUGA